CAUCAUCUUGCAGGGGCGCAUCUGUAGCCAGCAUGACCAAAGCGAUAUGACUCCUCAUGGAUUCUUUGAAACGUUUUGCUUCCAUUAUCCAGGCUGAAAUUUAUAAUAUUUUAGUUUAGGAGAAGAAGCAGUUAAAGGUUCGUCUUAAUAAUAUUGUGUGUAUUCGUACCAUCACAUAUACUUUCCUUUAAUUCAGAUCAUAAUGUGGUUACGCCAAUUUGGCGCUUCGCGUUACGCAUACGCGCGCAUCUGCCUGUUUGUUUUGUCCCUCCAUACUGUCCAUUCUCAGAGGAAUCCCGGAUCCCAGCAAAGGAAUGAGCAAAGUGCGGCUCUCCGACAGACGCUGCAAUGGUCCCACAACGGCAAGGUGUUUAGUAUUUUAAGCCAGGGCGCAGAGUACCAGCCGGCGCGGCGCAGAGGCGCACCGCAGGAGCAAGUGCGGGCGCAACAAAUAACCAUCGUCCAAGAUGCAGACGAGAGACGUCAGGACACCCAGCAACAGUCGGUGGCUCGGCAGGACCAGCAGCCUCCACGAAGCGUCCCGCCGCAGCUCCAAAGGCUUGUGAGAGGUCCAGAACAUCGCCAGCAGCUUCAACAUGAACGUUUUGGAGAGCGAGUCAACGACACCCAGAAGGUCAAUGUCAGUUCGUCUCUGCCAAGAAGAGAAGACAUGAUGGUUGGUGAUGAUCCAUACGACCCAUACAAGUCCAUUGAUGGUGAUAAUCCAUAUUACAACCACUAUGACGUUUACGAGAGACCCAGAGAGAGACAGAGACCUGGAUAUGGCACAAGAUAUCAUCAGUACGGACUCCCUGAUCUUGUGCCAGACCCAUACUACAUUCAAGCAUCUGCUUAUGUCCAGAGAUCCCCAAUGUACAACUUAAGAUGCGCAGCUGAGGAAAACUGCUUGUCAAGCUCUGCCUACAGAUCAAGCAUAAGGGAUUAUGACACUCGAGUGCUACUGAGGUUUCCUCAAAGAGUCAAGAAUCAAGGAACAGCUGACUUCCUACCAAACAGGCCACGCUACUCCUGGGAGUGGCACAGCUGCCAUCAGCAUUUUCACAGCAUGGAUGAGUUCAGCCAUUACGACCUGCUGGAUGCCACCUCUCAGCGGUCGGUAGCAGAAGGCCACAAGGCCAGUUUCUGCUUGGAAGAUACUUCUUGUGACUAUGGAUACUACAGAAGAUAUGCCUGCACUUCCCAUACUCAGGGCCUGAGCCCGGGAUGUUAUGACACCUACAAUGCAGACAUUGACUGUCAGUGGAUUGACAUCACAGAUGUAAAACCUGGCAACUAUAUCCUGAAGGUUAGUGUAAAUCCUUACUAUCAAGUCCCAGAACAGGACUACAGCAACAACAUCGUGCGCUGUGAUGUGCGCUACACUGGCAACUAUGCCUAUGUGUCAGGUUGUCACAUGUCAACAUAUUAGGUAAAAGUCCAAAGUGGUUCUGCAAAAAUACCUAAAAGUGACUUUGAAUGAAUGAGCUGCAACGACAGAUCAAACAGUACUAAAUAUCAUUUCAUUAAGUAUACAUUUGAUAUUUCAAGCGAUAUUUUACACUUGGUGUACACAUGCUAUUUCAAAAGAUAAGCAAAAUAUUGAAAAAAAAAAAAAAGGUGGCAAUGUAGCAUCAAACAAUGUUAUCUUCUUUACCUGUACAACAUUUUUGGAACAUUUCCGUCUGGAUGGGUUUUGUAUGCCAACAUCUCACAUUAAUGGAUGCUCUGUUAAAAGUAUGAAACUCAGGAGCUUCAAUAGGUCAGAAAGGAGGAUUGAAAAUGUGUGGGUGGUUUUUCAAAACCUAACCUUUUCUAUUUAUGGAAUGCUUUUGGCUAAAAAAACUAAAAUGAUUAUUACUUGAAUAAACCUUUGUCAUGCUAUAAUUGGAUUUUGGAUUUGUUUAUUUCAUUAAAAAAAGUUUUUUCUUG